AUGGUCCGGGUUCACCCCACGGCCUCUGUAUACAUCCCAGCACUGCGCCUCACUUCCACAGUAGAAUACAGACUAGCAGCACCCCGGACACAAUUACUAACAGGCAGUUCCCAGGGCAGCCCGACGCAGGACCCCGGAAGUGGAAUCCUCCCGCACGUGCAUAGCUUUGGAGUGAUGGAGGAGCCUGGUCUGAGGGAGAUCGGCUGUGAGCAGAGCCUGCUGAGCCGGCCGGAUGGCUCCGCUACCUUCGUGCAGGGGGACACAUCGGUUCUGGCUGGAGUCUACGGCCCGGCAGAGAUUAAAUUCAGCAAAGAGCUGCUUGACAAGUCUACUAUUGAGGUGAUGGUGCGACCAAAAGUUGGGUUACCUGCCAUACAAGAAAAGAACCAGGAGCAGUUGAUUCGGGAGACCUGCGAUUCUGUCAUCCUGGGGACUCUGCACCCACGGACCUUGAUCACCAUCGUACUUCAGGUCAUCAAUGACGGGGGCUCUUUACUCGCCUGCUUCCUGAAUGCGGCCUGCAUGGGUAUGAUGGACGCCGGACUCCCUAUGCGCGCCAUGUUCUGUGGUGUCACCUGCGCUCUGGACAACGAUGGACAGAUAACCAUUGACCCCCCUACAAAAGAGCAGAAGGAUAGCCGCGCUGUUUUGACGUUUGCCAUUGAAAGUACAGAAAAGAAAAUAUUAACCGUUUCCACUCGAGGCGUAUACUCCCCUGCAGAGCUCCAGCAAUGUAUAGCAGCCGCCCAGAUGUCAGCCCAAAAGAUCUUCCACUUCUACAGGGACUCAGUCAAGAGGCGAUACUCCAAAUCCUAAGAGAAGAAUGUUACCAUAUCUUGUCAAAAUGUUAUUUUGUUCCCCCCCCCCCCUCUUUCCUUUUACGUCACACUUUUUCAAUAUAUUUUAUGUAAAUUUGCAAUGAGCUGUUGAGGCGCGAGGCCCAGGGUGUCUCAUAGAUCUGAGCAGGGCCUUCUGAUUUAAUAGGCAUUCAUGUAGAUCAGUGUUUCCCCAACCAGGAUGCCUCCAGCUGUUGCAAAACUACAAUCCCCAGUAUGCCCGGACAGCCUUUGGCUGUCCGGGCAUGCUGGGGGUUGUAGUUUUGCAUCAGCUGGAGGCACCCUGGUUGGCAAACGCUGAUAUAGAUGUUAGGUAAGCCUGCAAAAUAAACAAGUGGUGUAUUUUCGGAAUCUCCAGGAGGCCAUAUAGAUCUUUGAGUGUUUCCCAGAAACCUUUAGUUGAAUGCAUGGAAAAGAAAAAGGUUCUUUUUAAAAAGUUAAAACCAUUCAGUAUCGUGGAUCCCUUGGGGCUUUCCAGCUGUCACAGGACUAUGUCUCCCAUCAUCCCCUGACAGCUGGCAUGAUAGGAGAUGUAGUUUUGCAGCAGCUGGAGAGCACUGCUGUAUAUACUAGUCCUUCGUAAACUUGUAUUCCCGGUAUUUACACUGUGGCGCAUUUGUCAUUUUGUAGUUUAAUAAAUAUUUUUCAGCUGUUUUUAUAGAAUUCCCAGCGCUU